AUGCAAAAAGCUGCUGUGUUCCUAUUUUCUAAUCUGCUGAUCAGAUAUCUACUCCAUUCAGAAGCUUUUCUACCAGAUUAUACACCAAGAAAAACUGUGAAUUUUGAAGAUGCAAAUCUGAAAACGUUCGCUGAACAAAGAAUCUCUAAUUACUCAACAUUGCUGCUUAGUGAGGAGCAUAACCUACUGUUUGUAGGAGCCAGAGAUGCAAUCUUCGCACUCAAUAUUGACAAUGUUUCAGAUAGUAUUUCACAAGCAAUAUGGGCUGUUCCUGAAAGUAAACGAAAUGAAUGUAUGUACAAAGGAAAGUCGAGAGAGACUGAUUGCCGCAACUACAUACGCAUUCUCCAGCGUUUAACUGAAACUAGAAUGUACGUUUGUGGAACAAAUGCAUUUCAGCCGACAUGUGAUUAUAUGGUAAUUAACAAUGGCAAAAUUGAACUGGAAAAUAAGCCAGAAGAGAGUAAAGGACAGUGCCCAUUUGAUCCUACUCAGAGAUAUGCCUCUUUGAUGGUUGAUGGAGAAUUCUACUCUGCAACAGCCAAUAACUUCCUUGGCACUGAGUCUAUUCUAUUGCGUAGCCUGCAAAACAACCUGAGGUCUGAAAACUGGAUUUCCUGGCUAAAUGAUCCUAAUUUUAUUCACUUGGAUGUGGUGCAAGAGAGUGAAAGUGCUGAUGGAGAUGAUGAUAAAAUCUACCUUUUCUUCAGUGAAACUGCUGUUGAGUUUGAAUUUUACAAUAAACUUGUGGUUUCAAGAAUUGCUCGAGUAUGUAAGGGUGAUCGUGGUGGUCAGCGAAUUCUCCAGAGGAAAUGGACAACCUUCUUGAAAGCCAGCCUACUGUGCUCUUCCCCAGACUUGAAAUGUCCAUUUAACAUCAUUCAAGAUGUUUUCAUGCUGAAGACAUCAAACUGGAGGAACAAUAUUUUCUAUGCAGUUUUUAUUUCUCAGUGGGGAAAACAGGACAUUUCUGCAAUUUGUGCCUUCAGUAUGGAAAAAAUUCAGGAAGUGUUCAAUGAAGGGAAAUACAAAUCACAUAUAAUGGUAGAACAGUCUGAAAUCAAAUGGGUGAUGUACAGAGGAACAGUCCCCAGUCCUCGUCCUGGAGCUUGCAUCAACAAUAAUAUUCGCUCAAAUGGAUUCAAGAGUUCUCUAGAUCUGCCAGACACAACACUCCAGUUUGUAAGGGAACAUCCUUUGAUGGAUGAUGUCGUAACCCCGAUCAACAAUCAACCAAAGUUAAUUAAAGAGGCAACAAAGUACACCCAAAUUGUUGUGGAUAGAGUUGUUGCUGCCAAUCAAAAAGAAUAUGAUGUAAUUUUUCUGGGAACGGACAGUGGAUACCUGCAUAAGACACUCAGUUUGAAGACAGAAACAUUUAUUAUUGAGCAGGUGCAGCUGUUUAUUUCUGCAGAACCAGUUGAAAACCUACAGCUUUCUUCGCAAAGGGGUCAGUUAUACAUUGGAUCUCCAUCACAAGUUGUACAAGUGCCUGUGGCAGUUUGCACACAGUAUGUUAAUUGUUGGGACUGUGUGCUGGCAAGAGACCCUUACUGUGCAUGGGACAAAAAUACAAGGCAUUGUAUUGACAUUUCAAAGAAAAAAACUGGUGUUCUGAACUUAAUUCAAAAUAUAGAGAACGGAGAUCCUUCAGAAUGUUCCACCCAUGAAGAAUUGAAAACAGAAAUCCGAAACAUUAUUCCUGGAAACAAUCUGGUGCUGGAUUGCUGGUCGACAUCUAACUUGGCUCACAUUCAAUGGUUACGAAAUGCUAGUGUGAUUCCAGCAACAAAUACAAAAUAUCUCUACUUCACUGGUGGGCUAUUAAUAUUUAAUGUUUCUGCAGCAGAUGAAGGACAAUAUGAUUGCAGAUCUGUUGAGACAAUGGCUGGGAAAUCAUUUGGGCAAGUCACAGCAAGAUACCUCCUCCAUUCUGUGCACAGAUCUCACAUGGGUCAACAACCAAUUCCAACUGAAGCACUUACUGAUGAGAAACCUGCAAUUUCCAUUGUGCCAAUCUCUGCAGGCAAUACUGUUCGCGUGGGUAACUUAUCUAUGACACGGAGUUACCUUCAGACUGAAUUUACAUUAAAGGGUUUCCUGGUACUUUUUGUCAUGAUGUUCAUACUUCUCCUAGCAUGGAAUCUUUAUAAAGGUCAUAUGCCCUUGCCUUUCCGUCCAUCAAGGAAUGGAAAUACAAGAAGAAUGCCAACAGCCCUUCCUAACAACUCAGUGCAACAAUUAGAAGAGAAACCACCAUCACCUAAGCCCCCUCAAUUAGAAGCUGCAGUCAGCAAUGUUGACCUCCCACUUACUGCUGUUGUGAGUGAAGGUACAGUUGAGAAGAACAGCAAUAAUAACUCCAUACCACUAGAAAAUGCUAACUCCAGCUCUGCAAGGCCACUGUAUGUCCUUGAUGAGUUAGAAUAUAUUGAUGCGGAUCACACUGAAUCAAAAGCAUAA